UUUUCAAUCCAUCGUCUGCUUUUGUGCUCGAGGACUGUUUUGUGUUUUGUGAUCGAUAUCAGUUACCAUAAAUGAUCACUCCAAAUGUUUCUUUUUAGACAGCCGAGGCUCAAUAUUUCCUGUUUUAUUUGUUUUGUAAAGUUAUAUCCUUUUUCUUCUUCUGUUCAUAACUCAAGGAUUUUAUGGACUUCUGAUCUUUUUGAUUACUCGAUGAACUGACAUUUCUGGGUUGAAGUUCCUUUCCUCCCUUUUGUGUUGACUAGAGGUUAAGAUGAAUGAGAUUAAUCCGUUCAAUUAGCCAGAGAUGGGGAAGAAAGGACGCAGCUGGAUCUCGUUGGUGAAAAAAGCUUUCAAGCUAUCACCUAAGGACUCGCCAGAGAAAAAGAAGAACAAUGUGGAGAAAUGGCAUCAUGCAGAUGCUCCAGAGGUUGUGUCAUUUGAACAUUUUCCCGCUGAGAGUUCAGCAGAUGUAACAAAUGAUGAGAGUACUGCAUCGAGUCCUGUGACCGAAGAUAGAAACCAUGCCAUUGCUGUUGCUGUGGCAACCGCUGCAGCGGCAGAAGCUGCAGUUGCAGCAGCUCAAGCAGCAGCCAAAGUUGUUCGGCUGGCUGGUUAUGGACGCCACUCUAAGGAAGAAAGGGCUGCAACUUUUAUACAAUCUUGCUAUAGAGGCUACCUAGCUCGGCGGGCUUUGCGAGCUUUGAAGGGCUUAGUGAGGCUGCAAGCACUGGUGAGAGGGCAUAAUGUACGCAAGCAAUCACAAAUGACAAUGCGUUGCAUGCAAGCACUGGUACGAGUCCAGGCAAGAGUACGUGCUCGUAGACUCCAAUUGGCACAUGAGAAACUUCAGAAUAAAGUAGAAGAAGAAGAAGAAGAAGAAGAACAAAGGAGACUAGAGGAAGAAGAACAAAAGCCAAAGAGCCCCUUUAGAAGUUAUGGAAUGGAAGCUAGGCAUGGUAGGCGUCCAAGUCCAGAGAAAAUUAAGGAAAAUGCCUCGAGGAAACAUGACGCUGCCAAGAAAAGGGAGAGAGCUCUGUCUUCUCCUAUUACCUACCAGCAACCACAACUCUUUCAAUCCGAUCUCAACAACAAAGAUGUUGGACCAUGUUCUAACGAGCAUGAAAAGGCCCAAUGGGGAUGGAAUUGGCUCGAGAGAUGGAUGUCAUCGCAGCCGCACGGUACCCUUGACACGGGGCACUAUGAAGCCUCUUAUAUGGAACUUCCCACCACCACCACCACUGCCGCUACCUCCACCGUCCCCGACGACAUGUCAGAGAAAACGGUAGAAAUGGACAUUUUUGCAGACUCGAUUAAGCAACGACAAUAUCGAUCGAACAAUAUCCCCAGCUACAUGGCCCAAACCCAGUCUGCAAAGGCCAAGGCACGGAGUCAAGGCUCGAUCAAACAGAAUGGCCCAAGUUUGCCACAAUGGAACCCAUCAACGAGGCGAAGCUUGGUUGUCGAGUCGGGCUGCGACGCCAGCUCAGUUGGAGGUACAGCAACCUAUCAGACUCCAAGAAGCCCAAGCCCAAACAAUAAUACAAUGCACCCACAUGCUAGACGGUCCAUGGGCUACUACCCUAAUUCUACCGGGGGGGUUGGUAAUCUUUGGUGACAUGAUUUUGGUCUAUUGGUGAUCGAAUAUUUAUUUAUUACCUAUGGUGUGGGAUAAGAUCUUUAAUUUUGUGAAUAAAUUGUCAUUGUUUUUUU